AUGAGGGAGCGGGGGUCUCACCCACGCAGGCGAAGCCCCACGCUUCUUCUGCUUGCUGUAUUUGUUGCUGCCGCUGCCGCAACAGCACUCCUCCUGCUCUUGCUCUUCCUUCUCCUCCUCCGAGGAGCCGCGGGACAGGAGCAGGAGGAGAUGAGGCCAAAGUUAGGCCCAGCGUCCUUGCUGCCCACUGCGUCGCAGGCACGCAACACCACACUCUAUCAGCCGCUGCGGCCGGAGGAGGUUGAGGGUGUCCUGCCGGGAAACGUCGUAGCCUUCAUGUCUCCCCGCGGGCCACACAGGGGACAGGAGCCGCCGCACUUUGACUACGGUGAUGGGCCUAGGCGCUAUCGUAAUCCGUACCGUCCCAUGCGUCGCACCUCGCGUCCCUGCUCUGGGCGUCUGUACACAGCAGGGCGGUGGGUGUACAACGGCAGCCUGGGGCCCCGAUAUCCUUCUCGCGGGAAGGUGUUGGGGUGCUGCGAGCGGGGUUUUCGGAAGGAGUUUGGGGGCAACGGAGUUCGAAAAGAGACGCAGUACGUGUGGGUGCCAGACGCGUGUGAGUUGCUCCCGUGGGACGAGGAACUCUUCUGCCGCUCCCUUCGCGGGCGCAGCAUCAUGAUGGCUGGGGACAGCCUCACAGACCACUGGCACGCCUCACUGUAUUACCUUCUCGGCGGCGUGGGCGACAUCUACGAGCGCGAGGGCACCUCACGCUCGCGUCACCGAUGCAGGGGGCACGCCAUCUGCCAAGCGUACUACCCAGAGCGUCUGCAGGAUCCUGUCAAGAUCUUUUUUCUCACCAACCAAUUUCUAGAAACCGGGCACCACGCCUUUCGGAAUUUUUUGUGGUGGAAGGACAUUCACCGCUACCCAAUUCUUAUCCUCAACUCGGGUUCCUGGAUGGUGCGGCCGGCGAACGAGCGACAGAAGGUUUCAGAUGAAGAUUACUACCGUUUGAUGCGGCGAGCCGCCUGCGUUGUUCGGCGUCUCUAUGAGGGGACCGUUAUCUGGCGUACGAGCUUUCGUGGGCAUCCCUUUUGCUGGCAGUACUCCGAGCCACUUACGGCCCCGCUGACGUUGGCUGCAUACAAGGCAAAAAAGUACGAGAGGUAUCGUUGGUUUGCUAUUCCUGACAGGAACGCCUACACAACGAUGCUUUGGGAAGACAUGGGGGCACACAUUCUGGAUGUGGCGCCCAUGACGGAUCUCAUGCCGCUGGGGCACAUGGGUAAGUACCACCCAAAGCAUGAGGUGAUGAAUGCAACCGACUGCCUGCAUUACUGUUCGCCUGGGGCAGCUUACGAGCAGUGGAGUGUGCUGCUGAUGAAUCUCCUCUCAGGAAACAUUAUGGAUUAG